CGAACAAAUGAACAAAGAAUCCUGAGACACAGACUUAGAUUUAGAUCUUAGAUUCGACACAGCUUGCGCCCGCCAUGAGCUGGACACGGCCGUGGUGUUGGAGUUUAUUGGGCCUAGGCCUACUUGGUGCGGACUUCGUUCAGGCGGAGCAGUCCUGCACAGUGGAGGACGCCCACUGCAACGGAGAAGCCGCGGGGAAGCUGGACGAGGACGUGAAGGACUGCGGCUGCGGCUCCCUCGCUCGCGCGGAAGGCCGUUCAGAUGAGGUGCCUAAGGUGGCUUCUGCAACCUUGGCUGCCGCACUGUCCGCGAGUGCGAUUAGGCACAAUCAAGAGAUGGUCCAGAUCCCAGCUGGUCGUUUCCACAUGGGCGAUCGCAAGGAGCGAGUCCAUUUUCCCCAGGAUGGAGAGGGGCCAGUUCGCCCGGUUCGGAUGUCUGGCUUUUAUUUGGACACCUUUGAGGUUAGCAAUUGGAAGUUCUGGGACUUCGUGGUGGAGACGCAGUACGUCACGGAUGCAGAGCGUUUAGGAGACUCCUUCGUGGCAGAGGUGUACUUGUCGGAUGCUGUGAGCGCCACCAUCUUGAAGAAGGUGGAUGCAGUGCCCUGGUGGCUCCCGGUGCCCAACGCCUCGUGGCGCACGCCGGAAGGCGUCGACAGCGGUUUGGACGAAGCCUCUGGAAGCCGUUUUGGCGACCGCUGGAGCCACCCAGCAGUUCAUAUUUCAUGGAAUGAUGCCAAUGCAUACUGCCAUUGGCGCAAUGCAUCCCUACCCACGGAGGCACAGUGGGAGUAUGCAGCGCGAGGUGGCCUCGAGGGGAUGUACUACCCUUGGGGUGAUGAAAUGUAUGGCAAUGAGACCAAGGAGGAUGAAGCAAGAUAUCGGAUGAACAUUUGGCAGGGCCAAUUCCCCACGUUGAAUACAGCAGAAGACGGGUACAUCAAAACUGCUCCAGUGGAUGCUUUUGGACCUCAGAAUGACUGGGGAUUGUACAACAUGGUGGGCAAUGUCUGGGAAUGGACCAAUAAUUGGUUUAGCCCGGUGCAUUUCCUGACCGAAGAGAAUCAAGCGACGGGCUUCGUGGAUCCUGAAGGGCCCACGGAGGAGGAGCUGGACGAGCUGGUGGAGAGGGGAUAUGUCAAGAAGGAUGCGUCUGGAGCCUUCGAGAAGAUCAAGAAAGGGGGCUCCUUCAUGUGCCACAAGUCGCACUGCUGGCGCUACCGCAACUGCGCGCGGCACCACCUGCCAGCCGACAGCACCGCUCAUCACAUCGGACUGCGUUGCGCGAGAGCCAUGAGCGGCGCAGCCCUUGACAUUGAGUGAAAAAGGGCGAGCGAAGUGGUGGAUGGUGGAAGGGUUCGUAGCAUGGGCUGGGUGCCCAAGGUUUCUUUUCUAAAUACGGAACUGGAAGUAUUUGGGGGCUGGGCAGUGCUUCGUGUCAUGUCAACAAGAGGCUUUUGGUAUUUGUGUUGGAUUUUGUGGUUACGGAUGAUAAGCAUGGUAGCAUCUUGGUUCGUGUUGAUUGCUCCCUUGAGUCUUGGGCAAUUGAUUGAAGAAGCAAGGUGCAUUGUGUUGCAACACCGCCGUGUCCAGUUUUCACCGAACUUGAUCCGUGGCUUCGCCGGUCACAAGCAGGCCUGUCAAAGGUCACAAACACGCCAACAAGAGGUCAAAGGAUCACUACCCCCUUGCGGUGCUUGACCCCUGAACCGGUGAGGAUAAGGUAGUAGUGAUGUCAAAGGUAGUUUUUUUGUGGUGACCUCCAGGCUGCAG